GUCAAAACUUAGCUGAAUCGAAGAAGAAUCAAGUACAUGCAAAAAUUUCUGGGAUUCAGAAAUUAAGCACUGUGCAAGGCCAAGACAAACCUAUACCUCCGCUGACAGACGUUCCAGUUGCUGCUCCUAUCAAAAUUGACAAAAAAGGUGAUGUUUCCCUUGCAAGUGUGGAUGAUGGAAGCAGAAUCUCUGGCAAAAUAAGAAUGAGAGAAACAGAUGCCCCUAGAAGAGUCGAUCGGGCUGAUGAUCUAUUUACAGAUGCUGAGAGUAAUGGUGCUCAAGAGCACAAAGAAGUGAUACAAGAUGAUGUACAUGGUGAAUUCAGUCAGGCUCCUCCCCUAGAAGUUUCCACUCUCUUGGCAGAAGCAACGCAGCUUGAAAAGCCACAGGCUAGUAAGCAGAAGGUCAAGAAACUUGAUCAACCAUCUUCUAUUGAUACUUCAUCUAAUGGACGUGACUUGCUUGGCUUAAAAAAGAAUAAGGGAAGUUCAAACACUUCUGAGCUUCAGAAGCCCAUCACUCAUAAAAAACAUGACAAAUUCGGUCUCAAUGUCAAAAAUUCAGAAAUUUUGAAAGAAGUAAUUUCAACUGUAGCUGAUCCUACCAGCAUCUCAAGGAAUACUGGUGUUUCUCGUGCAAGUGUAGAUGAUGGAAGCAAGGCUUCUGAAGUAUUAAACAUGAGCUUUGGAAAUACAGUAAAGAAGGUUCGUGAGGGAGGACGGGCUAAGGAGCCACCAAAAAAGCUGGAAGAGAAUUCUGUUGGCAUUAGAAAAUCUUCCCUUUUGAUCACAAAACAAAGAAAGAAAGGGUUAGCUUCUUCAAGAGCAAUAUUUGAUGAUGGUACUAGUUCAUCUUCUGAUGAUGAAGAUAGAACUAGUUCUAGCGCCGCACUUCCACCAGACAAUUUAUCUUCAUCUGAUUAUUCGGAAGGGGAAAGCGAAGGAGUGGUGAUAUUGCAACCCGAUUCUUCCAAUGGUAAUGACAGAAGCAAGGCAAACUCAUCUGGCUCGAAGCUGGAAUCAAUCCUACGAAGCUCAAGCAGAUACAAGAAGGCCAAGUUGGUGGCUUCCCAGUCACAAAACGAUAGUGAGCUUCCUGAGUUUGUUCCAGAUAGUCUUGCAGACGUGUAAGUCUCACAUUAUUUUUGGCCUAGUGAGUUGUUUUGGUCCGGUUUUUUUUUAUAAAAUCGUAUCUGAAGGGAAGUGUUAUGUUCCUCUUCCAAUUUUGUCACAAAUUAUCUGUGUACUCAUGUGUUGGCUUUUGCUCAAAUGUACGAUAUCGCUCCAAGAAAAGGAAGAAAAACAUGGUGGGUUUUUUUUAAUGUAUUUUUGGACAGCCACAUACCCAAUGACGUUGGCUCACACAAACUAAUGACAUUUUCACAAGUAGAUGGAAAGGGGCAGGUUUUUCAACCCAAUUUAUCAAAAUUAUACAACAUGAGCAACCUUCAAGGACAAUAUAGGGGGAAAUGGAAAUCAAACUGAUUGCCUUAAGACCCACAUAAUACCAAAUUACUUUUGAUUAAAACAUGACGAAUCAACUACAAUCAGCAUUAAGAUGACAGGAAAGAUCUCGGCAAAGCUACGCGCAAACUGAAGAAGAUAUGUUAAUCUUUGAUGAUCACAGUGUUCCAUUAUGUUCCGAAUCUGAACUGCUUGAAUGCUGCCUGCACCACCAUGAUUUCUGGCAAGUUGCCGUACAUUACACCCAAACCCACCAUACCGCCCGCUACUUUACUGGUUUUGGAAGACAACAGGAAAACAUGUGGCCAUUUUUGAGACGUUUGAGGUUUAAUGGU